AUGAAAUCCCGUUCGCAUUUCCGGCUAGCCUGGCAACAGCAGUUAAUCUUGGAAUGCAGCUCUUACGACCGACGGCAUGCGGACCAAUUAAAGCGCAGCGGCAUUCAGAACAGUGAAUUACCAGCUUCAAAUAUCUGCCGCGGCACCGCUUCCGCUCCGCCCUCCUUCCGGUUACUCAGAGCGGAUUCUGUUACGGUGGCGGCGCCGGCGGAGGCGUUCAUUGUUGAGACGAAAAUAAUUGUACCUGUUCGCUGUGACCUUGUGCUGAUAAGUAUUCAGAUGGGACCAGUAUAUAAGCAUCCACAGACGAAGAGAGACAGAACAGUCACCGCAGGUGAAGCAAGCGCAAUGACGCCUUUCCUGUUUACCGUCAGCACCGCCCUUUUGUGCUCCCACGCCUUCGCUGCGAGUACCUACUUGGGCAUUGCCCAAGGGACGCCACUCGGAGGAUUUUCGCAACACGGCACUCUUCACGGUAGUUUCGUCCCCGGUGGUCUUUUUAACAACGGUGCAUCCCUUGUCAACCACGGACUACCACUGGGACAUUUACCAGGACCGAUAUACGGGAAUAGAGGCUACUUGGACUACGCAUAUGGCACUGGUUCACAUUUUGGAUAUCCAUACGGAAAAGCAAGGUUUCUCAAAUAUCUAUACGGAAAUCAACUAGGUCUUGGCAAUCCAUACAGCGUUCUGCCAAAUGUUAGAGUCGGUGGAGUUAGCGAGGCUGAGGAUGAAAGAUUGUCUAGCUCUGGGUCCAACAAUCAAAAUGUGGAUUCCACUCGAACUGGAAUUCGUGGUUUACAUUCCAGUCCCAUUGCUGGCUUGGGUGGCUUCCCUUCCGCUCUUCUUCCUCACACUUCCAGUGUUGCUUUCGGAACAUACCCUUAUGCUCUUGGACCUCACACUUCCAUUGCUGGUUUCGGAGGAUUCCCUUAUGGUGCUGGGCAUCACACCUCUGUUGCUGCUGUUAGUGGAAUCCUCCCUAAUGUUGGAGCUACAGGCGCAUUCCCUUAUGGUCUUCAGCCUCACAUCCCUAUUGAUCAUCUAACUGGAUUCCCUUAUGGUGUUGGACCUCAGUCUCCCAUUGCUGGUUCAACUGGAUUCCACACAGGUCUUGAGCCUCACACUUCAGUUGCAGGUGUGGGUGGACUGUCUCCUUAUCUUGGACCGUACGCUGCUGGUGCUGGUUUUGGCAGAUUCAACACCGCUUUUGGACAAAAUACUCCCAAUGCUGCUAUUAGGUCUCGCACCUCAGCCAACAUGUCUUCAGGGAACAAAAACAAACAAGAAGCACAGAAACAAUAACUUUGUAUGACAGAAAGGAAUGCAAAGAAAUUUGUAGUUUUGAGAGAAUAAGAUUACUUUAAUCA